CUACGCUUCUCUCUCUCUCUCUCUCUCUCUAUUUCUCUUCUCUGGUUCUUCUCCCCUCCCCGGCUAGCUUCUCCCCUCCGAAGCAUCCUCUAGCGAACGUGUAGGUUAGAGCCGCAGUAGCAGCAGCAGCAGCAGCGGCAGGCCGAGCGACAACAGCAUCCAUGGAUUAAAGCUCGCCCAGCUCUUAUUAUCUGCGGCUAGUCUGGCCCGGGCCUCCGCCCCUCCUCUCUCUCUCUCUGUGUUUCUUGUGUAUGUCUCCAUGUCUGCGCCUUUCUCUCGCUUUGGCUAGUUGACAGGCGACGUCUGUUUUUUUUUUUAAAUUUAUUAUUAUUAUUUUUAGAGGCUCACGGUUAGCUAGGGCGUUAGCCUCACACACCAAACCUCACCAAGCUAACCGGGGCUUCUUCUUCUUCUUCUUCUCUUCUUCCCAACAUCUCCUGCCUUCAAUUCAGGAUCAUUGUAGAUAGAGGAAUGCAAAUCUGCAACCAUGAUGGAAGGAUUGAAAAAACGUACCAGGAAGGCCUUUGGUAUACGGAAGAAAGAGAAAGACAAUGACUCUGCGGGGUCCCCAGACAGAGAGGGGGGUGAACCCCAAGAGGUUGAAUCGUCUCAAAGAAAGACUAAUGGCACCCCGAAUGGAUUUUAUGGAGAAAUCGACUGGGACAGAUAUAACUCCCCUGAGGUGGAUGACGAGGGUUAUAGCAUCAGACCUGAAGAUGAGGCGGAGAAGCCAAGUUGCCCUAAGACACAUUUCUUCUCCUCCGAUGAGUCAGAAGGAGAGGAGGACCACAGGAAAAAGUUCAAAAUUAAGAUCAAACCCCUCCCGGCUGAUCAAGUUGUGGCAGUGCCCUCAUUUGAAGAGCUCAAAGCCUCCAUAGGCAAUAUUUCUUUAUCCCCAUCUCCUCUGAGACGUAGCCCGGGAUUGAAAAGUAACCCCUCAAGUGAAGAGAUUGUCAGACCAAGACGUGUUGUUCCUUCUGUGCCUACUACGGCCCCCACACCAGCUCCCGCACUCAAAGCCCCUAGCAGUCGUCAAAAUACACCAGCCCCGCAAGACACCACAGAUUUGUUUGGGCCAUCUUUGGAAACAGCCUUUGGAGAGCAGAAAGUAGAAGUGGUUCUGUCUGAGACUGAUGUGUGGGGGGCUCCACUGUCAGAGCCUGAUUCCUCAAGACCCUUCCCCGCAGGAACUCCACCUCCACUUCCACCCAAGAAUGUCCCAACAUCUCCCUUGGCCUCUCCAGAUGACACUGAUGUAUCAACAGAAGCAGAGAACGCCACAAAACAGCCAUCCAUAGCUGACUUGGAUAACAUAUUUGGACCAGAGCAGGCUCCCCCUGUCAUUGAGGAUGCCGAUGACACGUGGGUCUGCUUCAGUGAAAAGUCUCCUGAUCGGCCACCUCUACCAAAAGAACCCACACCUCCACUUCCCUCUUCCCCACUUCUGGAGGAAACAGCACAUCCCUUGCAAUCUCCUCCCCCGCCGCCUGAAUCUCCUGCCCCGCUAUUACCCAUGUCACCACCUCCUUCAGAAAACACUUCAUCAGAUAUGCCUAAAUCUCCUUCAACAAAAGAAAUUCCCAUUGCUUCUCUACCCGCUUCCCCACCUCCCUCAGAGGAGCCUACUGCAACAUCUAUUCCCACUGGGCAUUCUAUACCUGAAGACCGAAAUCCACUCUCUCCAUCCACUUCCUCACUUCCUUCACCCAAAGAGCUUGCAUUUUCAUUUGCUUCCACUCAUCCCCCUGUUGGUUCACAUAUCAGCAUCCCGACACCUCCCAAAUCUAGCACGCCUCCUGUGGUGACGUCACCUGUUGAGGAAACAGCGGCACGCUGUAUUUCACCAAUCCAGUCAAAAGAUACAGAUGCCACACAACCUAAAGAAGAUGAAGGUGAAAUUGCCACCUCGCCUAAAGAUGCAAAUCAGGGGAACAGAAGUACACCUCCGCCACCCCCUCCUCCUACGUACCGGGCAGUGGUGUCAUCACCAGGUCCAACAUCAGGAGCUGGUGGCAUGAAAAGUGGUUCUUCUUCUCCUGUACGGCCUUCUACUCCUUCAACAGUCAACCCCACGCCGCCUGCUCCUCCGCCCCGUCCCCCUUCAAGACCCAAACUUCCUCCUGGAAAACCAACUGCAGGAGAUAUUAAUCGGCCAUUUAGUCCACCAAUCCAUGCGGCCAGCCCACCUCCUGUUGCUCCUUUGGCACGCGCAGAGAGCACCUCCUCCAUUUCCUCAACCAACUCCCUCAGUGCUGCCACCACUCCCACUGUCAGUAAAGACCUCUCUGUGUCAGAAGAUGAUGCUUAUGUAGACAAGCUGCCUUCUUUUGGGAGACAUUUUGAUUCAUUUGCAGAGAAUGACCAGCCAUCCCUUGUAUGGUUUGACAGAGGGAAGUUUUAUUUAACCUUUGAAGGUUGCUCAAGAGGGCCAAGUCCUCUCACCAUGGGGGCUCAGGACACACUGCCUGUGGCUGCUGCAUUCACCGAGACGGUCAAUGCCUUCUUUAAAGGGGCCGACCCCAGCAAAUGUGUUGUGAAGAUCAUAGGUGAGAUGGUUUUGUCGUUUCCAGCGGGAAUCACACGGCACUUUGCCAAUAACCCGUCCCCCGCUGUGCUAACCUUCAGCAUAACCAACUACAGUCGACUGGAGCAUGUGCUGCCUAACCCCCAGCUGCUCUGCUGUGACACCACAACACAAGCCAAGGCUGACGCUAAGGACUUUUGGGUGAACAUGCCAAACCUUAUAGCUCAUUUGAAGAAGGUGUCUGAACAGAAGCCGCAAGCCACAUACUAUAAUGUGGACAUGCUGAAAUAUCAGGUGAAAGUUUCCGUGCAGGGCCCCGUGUCCACUCCCCUGAACCUGGCAGUGGGCUGGAGGUGUGAGCACACCAGCACAGACCUGAGAAUAGACUACAAGUAUAACGGCGAAGCCAUGUCAACGCCAACGGCACUUAAUAACGUCCAGUUUCUUGUCCCAGUUGACGGAGGCGUUACCAAACUGCAAGCCGUGUUACCCCCUGCUGCUUGGAAUGCAGAGCAACAAAGAAUCUUAUGGAAGAUUCCAGAUAUCUCACAAAAAUCUGAAAAUGGAGGUGUGGGGUCUUUGUUAGCCCGCUUCCAGCUAACAGAAGGCCCAAGUAAACCGGCUCCAUUGGCUGUGCAGUUCACCAGUGAAGGCACCACCCUGUCGGGCUGUGAUAUUGAACUGGCUGGGCCCGGGUAUCGCUUCUCACUUAUCAAGAAAAGGUUUGCUGCCGGAAAGUACCUGGCGGAUAACUAACGUAAAAAGGAGACUGAGGAUGACGCAGAGGACAGACAAACAUCUCCCUUCACCUUUGUCUGAGUGCAGGACCACAUCUUACCUACUCAGCAGUAUUGUAAAACUUUCAAUUGCAUUGUGGAACAGUUUUAGGUCGUGUAACAACCGUAUUUGUAUUUUGUUUCAUAACAUCUGAAUUGCUUCCGUUCCACUCUUGAACUCUUUCCUCUUUUCUUUUCUUUUUUUUUUCUUUUUUUUUUUUUUUUUUUGAAGUCUGUGCCUCUGGUCAAAGGGGUGGUGAUAUUUCACUGCAGCUGCCUGACCAGCAAGGUCCAGCCAUGUUCUACUGUGGAUGUAGUGCUGUUUGCUGUAUACAAACUUCAACAAGUUUGCUUGGGUAUUAUUAUAGUCUAAAAGGGUUCUAUAUCAACGUGAGUCACAUAUUAGCACAUAACAAAGUCGUCAGCGCUAAAUACAGAUUUAGGUGGGGAACCACUGUCCUUCAGCUGAUUUAGUUUGACGUCAAUGCUUGUGUUUAAAAAGAAAAAAAACGUGUUUUUCCUGACUCAUCCACUGGUUCGACAGGGUCCUAGCACCUUUGGAUCACGUCGAUGUAUUCUUUUCUAUAUAAAUGCACUGAGCAGACGUUUUAACUGCUAUUUCUUUGUUUUUUAAGCCGGUAGGCAGCUGCAAUGAUGAACGAGUCUACUGCUAAUGAAACAAGGAAACCUGUGGAGAAGAAUUAAGUGUAUAAAGUGUCAUUUUAAAUUAAUAAUAUAUAUCUUAAAGGGCGUUUGGUGUCCUCCUUGUAUUGUCAGGUAGCCUUUUUGUUGUCGUCCAUGACAGCAGCGUUAACUCCAGACACCACGACAGCAUACUAUUUUUUAUUAUUAUUAUUAAUGAAAUGAUUUGUUGUAUAAAAUAUGAUUCUGUAUAUGAAUAGAAAUUCAAUGGUAUCACACAACUCUGAACCCUUAAAGGUAUAAAUAUUUCUUUUUUUGUUUGUUUAUGUGUAGUUGAGUCAACGUGUACAGUAAAACGUAUAAUUUUUUUUCAAUUUAUUUCAGGUAUAUUUUUUUUAAAUUCAAGUGCAACAGAAGUUUUGAGCUAUAUAUAAAUAUAUAUGGGUGGGGUCGGGUAACUUAAAAAAGAUGAAUAUCAUCCUGGAUGCUGUGUUUUGCUUUGUGAAAGCAGUGUUAAUGUAGACCACAUUGAAAUGCAAAUUUACUUUCAUGCUGGAAGUUAGCUGAGCGCAUCUGUGCCAUUUUUAUGGCUCUAUACACCUGUCAAUCACUAAUCCACUCAUACGAGACAUGACGGUACAGUAGAUCCCUGUCUAUUCGUGGUUCGGCAUUCUUUAAAUUGUAACGACUGAUGGGUAAAUGCAGCCUCAGCGAGUGAAUGGCAUACUCACUACUUGUAUGGGCAUUGCACUGAUACUUUGUUAGCAAUUCAUUACAGUCAUCUGCUGCUUUAACUUGCAAAAAAAAGUAAUGGUAAAGAAAUAUAACUGUUUUUUUGUUUGUUUUUUUAAACAAAUAGCUGCACAGAUCAAAAUGGUCCCACACUUUGGGAUUUUUCAUUUAUUUUAACUCCAUUUAGAGCAAUGACGAAGACGUAAACCGAUGUCAAAUAUGGCACCACACUUUUCCGACUUUAUUUAGUACAAGCUGUCCCUUGUGAGCCGAAAUUAUCACCUUCUGAUCAACACAUUUUGCUGCAUAGGUCACAUCUUUUUCUUAAAUUGACACACACACAUCGAGGAACACAGUAUCACUCCUUGUGCUUUUAAGGUAUCAAUGCUUUGGCUGUAACUAAUUAAAUUAUUUGGGGGGGGGGGGGUAAAUUAAGUGGAAAAGGGUUUGAUAGUGCUAUUUGCAGGGCGACAAAUGUAGCUGCAGCUAUGAAUCCAACAGAGGGCGCUGUCCCUCAAGUAGAUAGAUGCUUUGGCAAGACGAGAUGUGUAAUUUCCCUAUUAUGAUGCAUACCUGUGAUUGUUUCUUAAAGUGAAAAGUACAUUUUUAAAUGCUUUUAAUAACCGUGCGAGGCAUAUUAUGAAGUUUAGACUACAUUUAACCCUCGUAUAUCGCUGUCAAUUGGUUCCGGGACUGACCGUGGUAAACGAAAAUCCGUCAAAGUAGGAACUCUUCAUUACCAAUCAAAUAUUUUCAUAGCUCGAGCGUAAAAAAAUCUGUUUACAACAUACGUUUUUUAACAUUAUGAGAGCUCUCUAGUCAUAGUCAUAGUCACCUUUACACUUUUUUUAUUUAAUACAGUAGUACAUCAACUUACGAGCUAGAUGGUUCUAUGACGAAGCUCUUAACUCACAUCAUUUGUAUCUCAAAUCAAUGUCUCAAAUUAGAAUUAAUCUAAAUCAAUGUAUUGAUGCUUGACCACCCCCCCUCAA